AUGACGUGUCUUGGAGGUUUUUUUUUAGAAUUAUCGGUGGAUAAUAAGACACUUAAAGAGUGUAGUGAGCCUGCUGAUAAAAGAACUACCACAACAGGUGUUUCAUACGUACUCGACAAAAAUACCAACGAAAGGAUUGUAAGUGAUCAAACAUUUUACUCAGUGGUUAAUCAAGUCGAUAAAAUUUAUGAAGUACAUUUUGGAGCUAGCAAAGAACUACUUUCUACACCAGGACAACCGCGACCUGGCGUUUCCUAUAAAGCAAAGAUUUACAUUGAUGGUCGAUGGGAUGGUUCCUGGAGAUUAAUCAAUAAAUCUACCAAAUUGAAAAAAGUUGGGUUUAAUAUUUCAAAAAAAAAGAAAUCUCCUUUAACCUUUGACCUUUCCAAAUGGGAAGAGGAUGGGGACCAAAGGAUUGAAAAAGAGAAUGAUGUUCAGGAUGAUGUUAAUGCCAUGCAAGUUGAUAUAGAUCAUCCUAUGAACGAUAAUAACGACGCUUCAAAUAAUGAGAAGAAUCCGGAAGGUCAAUAUGGUGCCAUAUCUAUCUAUAUUUUCAAUACCAAUGAUAUUGAAAAAAAUGAAUCUGCGAAUGGGCCCCCAUUGCCAUUGGCUGCGUUGCACAUUCAUUAUCGACCAAAACAAUGGCUUCUUGCAAGAAAUAUACUUUUUGAGGAGAUGUUAAGUGAAAUCACCGACAAUACGCAAGAAUCAAGCCAUGUUCACGAAACACCUCAAGAGAAUAUUCAGGAAACCCAAAAGGUCAAGACCGAACCGAAGAAAAAAGUAAAUUUUACCAGAAAUGGUAUAAACAGAAAAGAACGGGAGAGGGGUACUCAAGCUGCUACAAUUGUAGUGGAAGAACCUGCUGGUGAUACUGACAUGAUAGAAAUUGUUGAAGAUGAAGCCAUUGAAGAGGUACAAGUAGCAAAAAAAAGAUCUAGUGGUAGGAAAGCGAAGAAAAGUGUUGAGAAGACAAAGGAAACGCUGGAGACAAGUACAAGGCGGUAUAAUUUGAGAGCGAGGAAAUGA